GGAGGAGGAGGACAGACUCAGGUUUGUCCCGGCAAAUCCAGCCAGCCCCCCUCCGAGCCCUGCAGCUGAACCCUCCUCGCUGGCUCUUGUGCAGCCUGGUGUGGCUUGUUGCCCCCUCCCUCCACGCGAGUUUUCAGGAAGUCUGGGGGAGGGACGAGGCCGCUUCUUUUUGUUAUAAUGGGUCUCUUUGCGGCGAGGGAACCAGGUCUGCCCCUCGGCGGCGCGCGCCUCUAGCCAGCAUCCCCCUUCCCGGCGCCUGGCUGGCCUCGGGCUCCCCGCCGGGGGUCCUCCGGCCAUGGAGGUGCUGGUGCUGUUCAACGCCCUGGUGACCCGGCUGCUCUUCGUCCUGCACUCCCUGCUCGGCGUCUGGAGGGUGGCCGAGGUGAAGAAGGACCGCCGGUACUGGCUGCUGGCGCUGCUGCAUCUGCUGCUGGGCUUGGAGACGGCGCUCACCCUCAAGCUGAAGCGAGGCAGGGGCUACAAAUGGUUUUCUCCAGCAAUAUUCCUUUAUCUGAUCAGCACAGUCCCUUUAUUGUGGCUUUUGGAGCUUCAUCCAGCAAAUCAGUUUUGCCUAAAUGAAUCUCAGCAGCCGGUGCAGAAUAUCAGUGAAAGAGAGGAACACAAUUAUAAAAGUGAUGCCACAGAAAGCCAUAUACUAGAGCAGGCCCUAUAUCUUGUCAAUACGCUCUCCACGGUAUGUGAGAAAGUCUGGACACUCAGUCUCCACCAGACAUUUCUGCUGCUCCUGAUCAUUGGGAGAUGGCUUCUUCCUAUUGGCGGUGAAAUCACUCGGGACCAAUUGUCACAGCUGCUUCUCAUGUUUGUGGGCACGGCAGCAGAUAUUCUUGAAUUUGCAAGCGAGACCCUGGAAAUAGAGGACGUAAGGAAGAAUCAUGUUCUUGUGUACGUUAUUCUAGCUGUGUGGACUUGGAGUAUGUUGCAGUUUCCACUAGAUCUUGCAGUGCAACACUUUGGCUGCAGUUCAUCAGUCUCCUCCAAGAGAGUUUUCAGUUUGCUCCUCUCCCGACACAGCGCAGACCUCUGGAAUAUUGGCAUUAGCUUGUUCAUACAAGACGGGCCUUUCCUUGUUGUGCGCUUGAUCCUGAUGGGCCAUUUCAAAGUCAUUACUCAGAUGCUGGUGUUUUUCACAGCUAAGAAUAUCUUAAGUGUGAUGUUACAAUUGUACCGGCUCAUUGUGUUAUCAUUAGACUUCCAUGCAUCGCUGCGGUAUCAGUCAAGCAGCCGGAAAGGAGGAGUCGGUUGUUGCCCAUGUGAUCCGAACCAUAUCAGCCUUCCGCCCAACCACUGUGAUAUUGAUGGAAGGGAGUGUGCUACCAUUCCUCUCGAGGACUCUUUACCAGUUACCGCUGAAUGCUAGUGAACUCUGACCUUUUAUUUGUAACAUCCUGUUGUUUUCCCCUUGGCCACUUUGGAAGGAACUGGCAUUAUCAGAUAGCAUGGUUCUGGCAUUUUUUUUACCCUUUGUCCACCUACAAGAUGAAUGUUUUGUUCUUAAAUAAUCACAAGAGGAGAAAUUGGAGCAAAACCACCCAAGUGGAAAUGUUUCAGUGUUAUGAUUUAGGCAGACUGUCACUAAACCCACACCAUAUUUAUCUACUACUGGGAUUAAGAACAAGUAAUUGAUUAGAAUUUUUACAAUGUAUUCGCGGAUUUGACUACGGACCACAGAAGAGUCAUACUAGCAGAACAUUUGCUGGAAAUGUAGGCUUAUGGCUCUAGCAUGGUGCAGGAGCACUCGGGUCUCAGAAGAAUAAUUUCCACUUGACAACAGCAUGGACAAGCAAAUGAAUGAAAAGAAUGCAUUCCUUCUGCUGAUAGGACUUGAAUAUGUUAUACAUUCAGUGAAUGCAACAACAAUUGGGUUAGAAUUUCCUCUCUCAGCUGGACUGAAAACUGCCUGCCCCAUGUCGGAGCGAUGAAAGGUCCCACGUAUCUUUUUCUUAGACAUAAUCAAACAAGACCUUUCUCACUCACGAUGCUGUUACCAACAACAUAUCUGGAUUACAAUUCACUUCGAGAAAGGGUCUUUAUGUCGGUUUAUACAAAGAGGCUUGCCCCUUUAAUAUUUAGAGUGAGUUCGCUUUGCAGAAUAGCUCACCUAUGAGAGGCAUUGUGCUCCCCAAGGGGGUAUCUAUUGUUGGGCAAGCUUGCAAUAAAAGCCAGUCAUCUUAAUGGCUGAUCUACAUGAUAACCAAGAGGUAGAUGAGUUCAUCUCUGUAAUGAUGAGUAAACCUAUCCCUGGAUCUGGUUAAUAAAAGAGUGGGGGAAACACACAAUUGACAGUGUUAUUUCCACAAUACAUAUUUCCAGACUUUAUUAAUAUAUGCAUAAUCAAGAAGAGGGAUUUCAAACAAUAUUUCUGUAACCGUUGUUUUAAGGGGAUUAUAUUUGCAAUGUCUUUGUAUUAUUAUAAAGAACAAAAAUCAGUGAAAAUAAAUCCACUGUAUCUGUUUCUAUAGAUAGACUAUAUUUUUCAAGUACUUGUGAUAGUAAAAAAAAAUAAAAUUAAAAAAUUGA